GGCCACAAAACAACCGUGAGUGUCUAACUCACCGCUCUUCAAAAACUUAAAAUAAAAAUAAUAUAAAAAAAUACAAAAUCCACAAAAUCUUUAUAAAAACCAGAACAUUUACUUAAAGAAAUACAAACAUUUAUUUAAAAAAAUUGAAAAAUAUUAAUUUACAAAAAAUACUAGAAACAGAAGGUCGAGGUUUUUUGGCCUACCAAAGGAAGAAAUACCUCAGAAGAAAUCAUUUAUACGCGGAUUUUUCAGGUUUACCUUUUUUUUCCUCUCAUCUAGCUCGACCAGCUGUCUUUUUAUUAUUUGCGAGAAUUCACUCGCAGUUUCUGAUCCGGAAUACAGCGCCGACUGGAUUGAUAUCAUUAUACAUAUUUUUUUUUCUGGCGUUUUGAGUGAAACCUGGACCGCAUUCCUGUUGUGAACCCCGAGAUAUGAACACAUCGACCGGGAGUUAUCCGAUGGCUUCCCUCUACGUUGGCGACCUGCACCCCGAUAUCACGGAGGCAAUGCUGUACGAGAAGUUCAGCCCAGCCGGACCGGUGCUCUCCAUUCGGGUGUGCCGCGACAUGAUCACCCGGCGAUCCCUCGGAUACGCUUAUGUGAACUUCUCUCAACCCGCUGACGCUGAGAGAGCCCUGGACACCAUGAACUUUGACGUGGUGAAAGGGAAGCCAAUCAGAAUCAUGUGGUCACAGAGAGACCCCUCCCUCAGGAAGUCUGGGGUGGGCAACGUUUUCAUCAAGAACCUCGACAAGUCCAUUGACAACAAAGCCCUGUACGACACCUUCUCUGCCUUCGGCAACAUCCUCUCCUGCAAGGUGGUGUGUGAUGAAAAUGGCUCCAAGGGCUACGCCUUCGUCCACUUUGAGACCCAGGACGCCGCUGAUCGAGCCAUCGAGAAGAUGAACGGAAUGCUUCUGAAUGACCGCAAGGUGUUUGUGGGUCGUUUCAAAUCACGCAAGGAACGGGAGGCGGAGCUUGGUGCCAGAGCCAAGGAGUUUACCAACGUCUACAUUAAGAACUUUGGAGACGAUAUGACCGAUGACCGGCUUAAGGAGCACUUUGACAAAUAUGGUAAAACACUCAGCGUGAAGGUGAUGAUGGACCCCUCCGGCAAAUCCAGAGGCUUUGGAUUCGUUAGUUACGAGAAACAUGAGGACGCCAACAAGGCUGUGGAGGAAAUGAAUGGCAACGAACUCAACGGCAAGACUGUGUUUGUGGGCCGGGCUCAGAAGAAGAUGGAGCGGCAGACGGAGCUGAAGAGGAAGUUUGAGCUGCUGAAACAAGAGAGGAUCAGUCGUUAUCAGGGUGUGAAUCUUUACAUUAAGAACCUGGAUGACACCAUAGAUGAUGAGAAGCUGCGCAAGGAGUUCUCUCCGUUCGGAUCUAUUACAAGCGCUAAGGUGAUGCUGGAGGAGGGUCGCUCCAAGGGCUUCGGCUUUGUCUGCUUCUCCUCCCCCGAAGAGGCCACCAAGGCGGUGACGGAGAUGAACGGACGCAUCGUUGGCUCCAAACCGCUCUACGUGGCUCUCGCCCAGCGCAAAGAGGAGCGCAAGGCCCACCUCACCAACCAGUACAUGCAGCGCAUUGCCGGCAUGAGGGCCAUGCCGGCUAACACCAUCAUCAACCAGUUCCAGCCCGCCAGUGGCUACUUCAUGCCAGCCGUGCCUCAGGCCCAGAAUCGGACUACAUACUAUGCACCCAACCAGGUGGCCCAAAUGCGACCCAACCCACGAUGGCAGCAACAAGGGGGCAGAGGUCAAGGGGGUUACCAAGGGGUACCCAGCUCGCUGCGUCAGCCGGGACCCCGUGCCAACAUGAGACACAUGAGUCCUGGUGGCGGCCCCCAGGGCCCACGAGCCUCCGGCCAGGCCAUGGGUCCACGGCCGCCGAUGGGAGUCCCCGGCCCCCGGACCAUGCCUCCCUACAAAUAUGCCACCGGUGUCCGUAACCCCAACCCUCAGAUGGUGCAACCCAUGGCCUUACAGCAGGCUCAGCCGGCCGUGCACGUUCAAGGCCAAGAGCCUCUCACGUCCUCCAUGCUGGCCGCUGCACCCCCUCAGGAGCAGAAACAGAUGCUUGGUGAGCGUCUUUUCCCGCUGAUUCAAUCCAUGCAUGCCAACCUGGCGGGAAAGAUCACCGGCAUGUUGCUGGAGAUUGACAAUUCCGAACUGCUGCACAUGCUCGAGUCCCAUGAGUCUCUGCGCUCCAAGGUGGAAGAGGCCGUCGCCGUGCUGCAAGCCCACCAGGCAAAGAAAGAUGCCACUCAAAAAGUGGGCAGCAUAACUACUACCGUUGCUGCUGCCACAUCCUGAAGACGCUGCGCUGUUUUGCGUUGGGCACAGAAAAAUAGGCAGAGAUGCAGAGAGACACACUACACUGACCGCAAACACCUGACUCCUCUGAAGAAUUUUUAAAAAUGAAGAAAAAAAAAAGGAAAAUAUGAUUUUAAAAACAUAAUAAAAUGAUAUAAAAUAUCACAGUUCAUAAUUUUCUAUUCCUGUAAAACUUUUAAACUGCAUACCAAAGAAAUGCUGCAAAUGAGUCAUGAAAGUCCUUUAUUUUGUGGCAUGGGAGAGUUACUCUCUUCUAAAAGGACUAUGAGCCUUGUUCAUUUUCUUUGAUGAAAGUUUGGAUUUGAAAUUAUGGAUGGAUGUGUGGUAUUCUCAAUAAAAGCAUGAUAUAUCAA